UCCUCCGUUUGUUCCCAUGAUUUUUAGAUCAGCACUAAACCCGAGUCGCCCGCGCAUGCCCUAGGCCCCUGAAACACAUUCUCCAGCCAUAAUCCCAGCUGUGCCGCACCGCCUUUUAACCCCUGUUUCGUGUUGACAAGGAGCUCAUCUCUUCCGCUUCGUCUUAGCCAGUUCGUCUGGACAAGGAGAAGCUCCUUCGAUUCGGCUGGACAAGGAGAAGCUCUUUUCUUCCGUUUCUUCUGUUCAUCGAUUCACUUGUCCUUGUAUCAAUUAUUCUUCAGUCAGCUAAUUUGGUCAUUGGCAAAAAUUUGUGAAGUAUAAAGAAAUUACAAAUCCUUGGUCAGGAAUCAACCCUAACUUCCAGAAUCCAGAAUUCAAUCUGUUGAUCUAAAAGCAUCAGCAGGUGAAACUCAAAUUAAGCAAUUAUGGGAGGUCAUGGAGGUCUUAACAUCCUUCCUCAGAAGCGGUGGAAUGUAUACAAUUAUGACAACAGAGAAAAAGUCCGGCGAGAUGAAGAAGCCGCCUCUAGAGAAGAGCAAUUAAAGCGUGAGCAGUCAAGAAAGCGCGACGCCGAGUUUCGCCUUGAGCGGCUUCGAACUGCUCGUGGUUUACCUCCUUUAAAUAAAUCAGAAGCAGAGCUCGAGCCAGAGCCAGAGCCCAGGCCGGAGCCUGCUCAAUCAGAACCAAAGUCCAACCACAUUAAUCUGUUUGAAGGGAUGAAGAUUUUUGACCCAAUUAAGGAAUUGGAGAAAGGGGGAGAUGCCGAGAGAGACGGAUCUAGAAAGAAGAAGAUGAAGAAAGAGGAGGUGAGAGUUGUUACUGCAGAGGAGGAGAAGUAUAGGUUGGGUUAUGGGGUUGCCGGAAAAGGAGUUAAGUUGCCCUGGUACCUCGAGAAACGCAGUGAUGAUGUGAAUGAGGAGAAGGAUGAAGAUGAUGGGUCCACGAGAGGGAAGAAGGAGGGUAAGAAGAGUGGCAAGAAGACAUUGCAAGAACUAAGGGAGGAAAGGCUGAAAAGGGAGAAGCAGGAGAAAGAGAGGGUACGGGCAUUGCUGGAGAAUAAGCAGAGAGAUAGAGCUGGUUUUAGGAGUGGAAUGAUUUCCAGGAGGUGAGUUUAUUGAGGGAUUUAUUAAGUUAGUAUAUUUUGCCUCUUUUAAAGUUGGUCUGUCUGCAAAUUUAAUGUGCACAAGCAUGAAAUUCGGCCUCUUGGUCAGCAUGUCAAUUUGAUUGUUAAUUCUGAUGUAUUUCUUUUUAGUUGUAGUGCUAUCUUAUAUGUCUGGAUUAAGAGCCUUCUAUAGGCUUCAUUUGGAUUCUUAUGUACAUCCUGAGUUUGAGAACUUAUUAUUUGUGAUUUUAAUACAACAUGAAAGAUUGAAAAGAA